CAUGCUCUCUCAAAAUAAAUAAAUAAACUUAAAAAAAUCUCACUGUAAUUGCAAGUGGCUUCUGUUAUCACCAGUCAGUUUUGACCAGUGGCUGCCAGUGGUACUGUAUUAAGAAAGAUUGUAGGGCUGUAUGUACACUGAGCAGAAAAAUAAUUACAUGAUCAAUAAGUGAUACCUGCCCUUGGCACAGAGUGGGAGAAUAAUGUCAUGUGUCAUCUAUCCUUUGUCUUAAUUCAGGGAACAGCUCCUAUAAAGUCAUCGAUUUUAUCAGAUGUAGCGCUACUAGAGAUGUUUUUAUUUUUUCCCUAGUGAUUCAUUCUACUGCCACCAAGCAAGGGUCUAAAAUGGGGGAUGGGUUGGGACUUAAUGUAUAAUGGAAACACCACUUAACUAGUAGAAAGGAUGGUUUAAUUGAAUGACCAAUUGAAAUAAAUUUUCAGAACUCUCAGGUAAACCUGAGGGUGCCAAGUAAGCCACCAUUAUGUGAUCAUAUUCAGGGAAGAAAGGGUGAGAAAUAGAUUGGUAAGAAUCAGUUAAUUUUCUCCUUGCUCUGAACUUGUUUAAGUGACUUAAUUAGUAACUUAAAAUACAGUAUAUGUGCUUCCUUAUUUUGCUUUAUCUUUCUGUGUAUCUUCUCUCUUUAACUAGAGCACUUGAGAAACAAGUCUAAACGUGACACCUCUCUUGGUUUCUGACAGUCUCUAUCAUGUCUUACACAAAGAGGGAAUGCAGUAGAUAUUUGUUGAUUGCUGGAUUGCAUGGUGAUCUAGUUAGCAAAUUUUUUUUUAUUCAAGGAGUUUUGUCACUGCAUAAGCAUUACUAUCCUCGAUCUAUCUUUCGGACGCUGAGGUUGAAGGUGACUAAGUGACUUGUACCAUUCUUCCGGUGGUUCUGAAUGCAUUAUUGAUUAGUAGCAGAACUGACUAAAUGGCAGUGGAGGAUUUUCUUCCCCUCUUUUACCUGUGUCAUUUUGGCAGGAGAAGCGAAGGACAAUAUUCGGUCUUCUCCAAGGGCUGCAUGAUAAAUAAUUGCAGAAUAAAUGAAUAUACUCUUCUAGAUGAGAGCAAAACAAGAGGCCAGAUCUGGCUGCCCUGAUUUUGCUUUCCUUGUUUAGCUCAUGGCGGGAGUCAUCCUUGCUCUUGGUUCAGGUCCCAGCUCCUCCCUUGCUUGUCUGUAACUGUGGGUGAGUCAUGGCACCCUUGCUGGCCCUCCUUUUUCCAAUUGCAAAAGAGAGAUGAGUCCCUACCAGAUGAUGACUUAAAGUGCCUCUGACUUCUGGAAUGGAAGACCCUCUGGAAACACAGAGCAUUGCUGUUGCUAUGCUCUUUGCAUGAUAACUAAUUCAUCUUCUCUUCUCCCCUCAACCACAUUUCCUGCUGAGACAAGAAGAAAGGAGGUAAAUUCCAGCCUUUUAAGAAGUUGUUUGGUAAAAGGAAAAAGAAAGACACUUUGUUGUCCCAGGAGGCGUCAGCAGGGAGUAAGAGUCACUCUCCCCGGAGUGUCAGCAAUGGGACCUUCUCUUCAGAUGAGGAGACCCUGGAAGACAAUCUAAGGUCCUUCAACUAUUCUAUGGGAACCCGGGCCUUUUCCCAUGACAGUAUUUUUAUCCCUGAUGGGGGAGCAGAAAGUGAGCAGACAGUUCAAGCAAUGUCACAGGACAACAUCCUGGGCAAAGUCAAAACUCUUCAGCGACAGUUGAGCAAAAACAUCAAGUUUGGGCAGCCACCACCCAAUGCCAUUCCCAUGAAGAAGGCAGACAGUGGCGAGGCUACCUUAGAAGAGGAUCUAUUCCUGACCAGUCCCAUGGAAAUUGUGACUCAGCAGGACAUCAUCCUGUCAGACACGGAGAACAAACCCAGUGAUACGCCAAGUUCUCUGAGUCCUCCGAAUCUGCCUGGAGCCAGAAGUGAGAUGGAAGAGAAGGUGGCUCCAGUUAAACCAUCGCGGCCAAAAAGGCACUUCUCUUCUGCUGGAACCAUCGAAAGUGUCAACCUAGAUGCCAUCCCCCUGGCCAUCGCGCGUCUGGACAACAGUGCUGCCAAGCACAAACUGUCCGUUAAGCCAAAAAACCAGAGGGUGUCAAAGAAACACAGGCGACUUGCCAGGGAUCGACUGCAUGAACAAGGUAGCCUUCCGGGUCAGCUGUCCCUGGACCAGAACGGACACCCUGGAGAAGGCAAACCAAUUUGGCAUGAGGAGGAGCCAGAGCUGCUGGACUCUGAAGAAGAGAGGAGAUGCCAAGAAGAAUACUGGCUAGAACUUGAGGCCAAGUGCAAACGGCAAAAGGCUGAAGCAGCCGAGAGGAGACGUCUGGAAGAGCAGAGACUCCAGGCCCUGGAGAGGAGGCUUUGGGAAGAGAACAGAAGGCAAGAGCUCUUGGAGGAGGUAGGCGAGGACGAGGAGGGAGAUGAGGCAGAACUACAGCUGGAGGCAGAAAAGACGCAGCACCAAGAGGAGAGGCAGAGACUGGAAGGGCAAGGUGUCCAAGGCCAAGAGCGGAGAGAACAAGAGGAAGGAAGGCACCUGGAGGCCCCAGAGCAGCCGCCACGCACACAGCAGGAAGAGCAGGCGGUGUGGAGCGGGCAGGAGGCCGAGAAGCAGCAGGAAGAACAAGAGGAAAGAGAGUUGAAGGAGCUGGAGGAACAGAAGCAGUUGGAGGCCGAAAAGCAGCAACAAAGGGAGGAAGAGGAGCAGCAGCGGCAAAGGGAGGAGGAGCUGCGGCUGCAGGAGGAACAGCAGAGUCUGGAGGAGGAGCAGAGGCGGCUGGAGGAGCAGCAGCAGCGGAGGCGGGAAGAGGAGGAGCACCGAGAACGAGAGGAGAAGAGGCAGCAGGAGGAGGAGCAGCGGCAACGAGAGGAGAAGCUUCGCCUGCAGGAGGAGCAGCGAUGGGAGGAAGAGGCAGCAGCAGAGAGAAGGGCAGAACAGGGAAAGCGGGAGGAAGUGGAGGCGCAGAGGCAGCAGGAAGUGGAAGGUGGAGAAGCAGCGAGUGUGCAAGAGGAGAGGUGGCAGCCACUGGACGUGGAAAGGAGCUCAAGGAGCCCAGUUCAGGUGGACUUUGCAGAGAAAUCAGGCAAACGAGAGCACCUGCAACCCGAGAAGCAAAGAGAACACUCUGAGGAGUCAAGGAUUUGCGAGAAGCAGAGCCAGGAGGCUGAGCCAUGCGGAGAGCAGCAGGCACAAGGCGAGGAUUUUCCCGGGCAUGGUCGUCGUGCACGUCAGGAAAAGAGACAAGAAGCUAACAUGCAGCCUCCCCGGAAACAGGAGGCGAAGGUAGAAGAGAUGCUGGCUGCCGGGGAAAAGAAGGAAGCUGCCGCUCCAGAAAAAGACAGGAAGGUGGAGGAACUUCGGUGGCAGGAAGUGGAUGAGAGGCAGACCACGCCCAGGCCCUAUACUUUCCAGGUGUCAUCCGGAGGGAAGCAGAUUCUCUUCCCCAAAGUCAAUCUGAGCCCAGUGACGCCCCUGAAGGACGCGGGACUUGCCUCUGCCCCCCAGGAGCCGAAGACCCCCAGAGCCAGCCCAGCCUCCCAUGCCUUGCCCUCCUCCCUGAGUGUCCCCCACACAGCCAUUCUGGUCACGGGAGCACAGCUCUGCGGCCCGGCCGUCAACCUGAGCCAGAUCAAGGACACAGCAUGCAAGUCUCUCCUGGGCUUGUCAGAAGAAAAGAAGCACGUGGAUGUCCCUGCCCUGGAGAACCCACCCCGAGCAUCUGUCGACCCCCGGUCAGGGAGCGGGAAGGCCAGGCCCCCCCAGGAGUCUCCGAGCAGUGUGGCUGCACUAGCCGAAUGGGCUUCCAUUCGGUCCAGAAUUCUGAAGAACACAGAGAGUGAGCAGCGCGUUGAUAGAGACCAGUCUCGGCCAGGUGAAGAGCACACUCCCCGGGGCCGAUGUGAUUCCCGCGGGAACCUCCGGAGGAUCCCCCCAGUAAAUGCAAAAUUCUCUAUUAUGCCUGCUUGGCAGAAAUUCUCAGAUGGUGGCACCGAGCCCUCCAAACCUAACACAGAAGCAGAGAGCAUUAGAAAAAGACCUGUGCUGGGACCCAAUGAUGGGUCAGCUCCCCAGCCCCUGGCUACUUAUGAGCACCCAAAGGGUACAGAGAAACUGGAGCCAGCAGACAGCACAGAGGGAUGCAAAUUUGCCAAAGACCUCCCAUCUUUCCUUGUUCCAAGCCCUCCUUACCCUCUACAGAAAGCAGUGGCCCAUGCAGAGCCCAUGAUCAUUUUGGACAGUGAGACCAUCAGUGGUAUAGGAAAGGCAGACCCCGCAACGCCUGGUCAAGAGGAAAAAGCCUCACCGUUUGGGAUAAAAUUGAGAAGGACCAACUACUCCUUGCGCUUCCACUGUGACCAACAGACAGAACAAAAGAAGAAGAAAAGGCACAGCAGCACCGGGGACAGUGCUGAUGGUGGGCCACCUGUACCAGGAAGUACAAAAGGAGAGAAAGAGACAGAGGGUGUGGCCCUCAAGCAUGGCCUGUCCCUAACCCCUGAGAGAAAGCAAGCCCUGUCCACCUGGAAGGACUCUGCUGAAAGAGUACACUCUUCUCCUGCAGCCCAGCUGGGGCCUCAGCCAGUUGCGGAGCACGACAAGGUGGCAAACAAAAUGCCAUUGGUGCAGAAGCCAGCCCUGGCUCCCAAGCCUGCCGGUCAGACUCCCCCCUCCUCCCCACUCUCCAAACUGAGCAGGCCCUACCUGGUAGAGCUGCUGGCCCGCCGGGCAGGGAAGCCAGACCCGGAGCCUGGCGAGCCAUGCAAGGAGGGUCAGGAGAGCAGGGACCUCUGGCCGCGGUCACCGCCACCCCCAGAGAAAAGGAAGGCACACAAGAGGGAUGAGGAGGAAGUUGUAGAAACAGAGAGGAAACUUGGUUCCUCGGCCCUGUCUGCUGCUCGGCCAGAAAAGCCUUCCCAAACCCCUGAGGCCGGGAGGAAAGAAAAGCCUGUCCUUCAGAGCAGGCACUCGUUAGAUGGCUCCAAACUUGCGGAGAAGGUUGAAACUGCGCAGCCACUGUGGAUAACGUUAGCACUGCAGAAACAGAAGGGGUUUCGGGAGCAGCAAGCUACUCGAGAGGAGAGGAAGCAAGCCAGGGAGGCCAAACAGGCAGAAAAGCUCUCCAGAGAGAACGUCGGUGUCAUCCUGCAGCCUGGAAGCAGCAGUAUCAGCAGAGCAGGCUCCUUGCACAAGCACAGCCCACAGCUGGAGGAGAAGAAGCCGGACACCGCAGCGUCCAGGCUUGAGCGCAGGGAACAGCUGAAAAAGGCCAACACUCUUCCCACAUCUGUGACAGUGGAGAUUUCGGAUUCAGCUCCCCCUGCACCGCUGGUCAAAGAAGUCACCAAGAGGUUCUCAACCCCAGACGCUGCCCCCGUGUCAACAGAACCAGCUUGGCUGGCGUUGGCCAAAAGGAAAGCCAAGGCCUGGAGCGACUGUCCACAGAUCAUUAAGUAGAGUGACUCUUAACCCACUCCUGUUGCCAGUUAUUGGCUCUUCUCUUGCCCUUGUUAUUUAUUUUUUAUAUGAGGUAAAGAAACCAAGCUAGGGAAAAGCAGCAUGUUUUAUAGGCUCUAAAAUAAUUGUUUAGAAACAGAACUGGUGGCGUUCCUUGUAAAGAGUGUAUUUGCACAAUCCUAGGUCCUGGUGCCUUGAGCUCCUCCUCGUUCUCAAGAGAAAAUUCCAUCCAAGGGACCACACGAAGCAAAAUCUCCAAACUAAGAACUUCUUACGAGAGCCUACCAUGCCCAUUCUACAGCGCUCCACACAUAACACACCCACACACCAUUUAGAACAUGUCCUUUUGCCAAUAUUUGUAAUGGUUUGUGAUUCUCUACUCCAGUUUACCCUACCAUUUGUUUGGUGGUUUCUUUCCUUUUCUACAGUAAUGGUGAAAGAAAGGAUCAUAUAGAUAGAAACAAUAAUGCCCAUUCUCCUGAAUGCAGUGAGUAACUAGGUAUUGUAACAGUCUGGCUGCCACCUCUUUCCGUGUCUGCUUUUCUGAAUUCUCCCUGGUCUGAAACUGUAACAUGCACAUGUCUACCACACUGCUAUUCUACAGGUCCUGCCACACCAGGACUCCCUUAAGAACAUAUUAAACAUUUGGCCCAGUUGGCUCCUAGGCAACAUUUUUAUUUACCAUCAUGAAGAAAGGAAGCAACAUAUUCUCUUUCCGUCUCUGAGAAUCCCCAUCUAGUGCAGCGGUACUUAAGAUGUCCUGGCUCCAUCCCAGUCCUACCUACCAAAUUAGAUCCUUUGAGGAUGGGCCAGGACUGUCUAUUCUGGCAAAACUCUUCAGACGAAUUCUGAUACAUCCCAAAGGUUGAGAACCUUGGGAGAAACUGCUUCCAGUGUAAUCUAGCUUUUAAAACUCUGAAAGGGAGGCUCAUUUCACCCCAAGAAGCAAAAGUGAGAGAGGAAAAAUAACCCAUCCCCCAAACCAGCCAUUUAUUACAAGAUAGGAGAGGCUACUGACAUUACAUGUCUCUGAAUAUUCCCUUAGGUCUUUAGGGAAAAUUGACAGGAAGCCAAGAUUUGGAGCCUUUGUACUAAGGACUUCCUAUGGAAAGUUUCUUUCUUUACCGUAAUUGAAUGAUUCAUAUUUAGAGUCAAAUGUUCAAGAGCAUUUAUAAUUUUGAGCAUUCACCUUGCUACCUUUAAAAAACAUCUCAGAAUCUAAAGUGGCCUUGUUGCUCCACACAUGUGGUCCAAAGAAGGGACAUGGCAAGCAUGAAGCAUAGACAUACCAGCAAACCCACACUUUCUAUUUCAUGGUGCCGGCAUAUUCAACUUUUAAGAUUCUGACUCCACAAUACAAGUACACAUCCUUCACUCAGUGCAAGGGGAAUCACAUUCCUUUUUCCUCUCCUACAAAAACACAUUUUAUCAGUAUCCAUCAUGCUGAGCUCCCUCAACAUGCAAUGUGCUGUUAUUAUUCUGUCAUUUACCAUAUAGAAGGCAUCUUCUGGAAAUGAUGGCUCAACCUCAUGGUAGCAACUGGCAAGUGUGGUCAAGCGGAUAGUUGUACUCUUGCAAGUCGGAUUUAAUAUUAUAUAUACUGGAUCAGACUGUUAAGAAUCAGUGUAACUUGAAUUUUUUUUAUUCCUGCAGGAAGCAAUUAAUAUUCCAAUGCAUGUUUUCCACACUGAUGUUCAUUUCUAAAUCAAACAUGUAGACAUUUGUUAGUUUUCAGUGAUUUCAUUACUAACAUAACACCCUUUUGAAUGGCAGUCUUUCCACCUAGAGCCCUGGUAUUCUAGUGCUACAGUAAUUCUUCCAAACUUUGUCUUUCAUCCUGCCAGCUUUGGAUAAUACCACAGUAAGGGUGGAGAACAGGGGGAAGAAAUCAGAUCACUGAAGAAGAAUACUUAGAAGAGUCAACUCUCUACUGGCUCACAUACCACAUAGGAGAAAUGCCUUAGUCACAAAGCUCCUAUGAAAGUCUUUAGAAGUUAAGAGUACACAGGGGAAAGGGACAGAGCACUUACUUUCAACCACUUCCUGAAGGGUACAUGUUUAAUAUUUCAUGUAAAAUGACUCCAAAUUGCACUAAAUACCAAUGAAGUGUUAUUUUGCUUUAGUUGUGCUGCAGUCUUUUCUGAUUAACAAACUAUGGGGGAAAUUCAAAACAAAAACACUUUUUUUUUUUAAAUCAAUGAUUGCUAUGUUAAAUUUUUUUUUAAACUUGAAACACAUACUUCUCUUGGCAAGGUUAACAGAUUAACUCUGUUCAUAAACAUAUAUAGAGAGUUUUUGUUUACUUUUUUAAUUUUUCAAGUGCAAUUGUUUCUUACACAUUAAUUACUAUUAUCAUUUUAGCCAGUUAUCAGCAAAUUAUAGUAUGUAUUCAUUGUCUCUUCUUGUGACAUUUAGUUUAAUUGCUUAUUUUAAAGCAGAAACAUUAGUUACAGUGUCUUGCAAUAUUUUUAACCAAUAAUAAAAUUAAGUAGAGACAACAAUGAAAAAUAUCUUAGUGUGAUUUUAAUAUUAUUUUGAGAUUUUUGGUUGUAUAAAGUUUUAAUGUAAAAUGUCCAUUAUUGAAGGAAAGAGAUCUUUCAAUAAAAAAUACAUACAAGA